GCAGUACUACCUUAUGACGUUGGUGUGAGAGCACUUUCCAUGGCAUGCUUAGACAUGUACAACCAAAACUCAUCAGCUAUGAGUCCUCGAAUCUCCUUCUCUAAUGACUUUGUCGAUUCUACUACUAUUUCUCAUUCUUCUCAACUUCACCAAAUGAUGAAGAAGGAAAGCAGCAGGAGUUAUAGGGAUGCUCCAGUUUCCUCUGACUUUGAAUUCAACGUCAGUAAUUACUCAAUGAUGAGUGCUGACGAGCUUUUCUUUAAGGGUAGAUUGUUGCCCUUCAAAGAAAGCGCCCAUUCUCAGAAAACAACUCUGCGAGAUGAACUUCUCAAUGGGGAUGAAGAUGAUGCUUUUUCGUUGAGGCCACCCAAAAGUUGUACUAGGUGGAAGGGAUUUUUAGGUCUUAAAAAGUCUCACAUUGCUUCCAAGAAAAUUGAUAACAACAACCAAGGAUCUGUAGAAAAGAGGUCCAACGUCGUAGGAUCUGAGGAGUUGUUUCUUGGCAACAAGAAUUCACAGGAACCAUACAAUGGCGGAUCCAGCUGUAGAGAUGUGGAGUUCCGUUUUAAUUAACGCUAGCUGUUCUCUCAGGCAGUAAUAGAUUCCUGAAGGUGUUCUGGGGGUGACCAUGGCUUCUAAUUUUUGUUGAAGUUUGGAAAUAUCAUUUUAGAUUCAGCUGAUUUGUGUGCUUGUACUUGUAGCUUUGGAUUUGAACUUUUCAAAUGAAAUCAAUUGGUAAUUUUGUACAAGUAGUUCAGAAUUUGUGCUGUAUUCCUGUGAAAAUAUUUGCAGUUCAAAUAUUUCAUUGCCA